AUGAAGUUUCUCUUGCUGGGUUCAGCACUCAUACCUGCUGCCUUGGGACUACUAGAAGGCCGUCGAGGGGGGAGAUAUGCUCUUCGCGCCGUCACAGACGCAACUCUUGACCCAAUUUGCCUGGUCACUUUGACCACCACACUCACGCCCAGCCUCAUCACCACAACCACCACGGUCAAAAUCACAGCCAGGAUCCCCAGCUCCGACUCCAAGCCGGUAGCCAGCAGCGGCUCUGAUGAUCCGAUCCCGUCUUCCGCUUUGCCUAUUCCCCCAAUCCUUCACGUGCCCUUGUUUCCAAGCAGCAGCAGCAGCAGCAGCACAGAGAACGAUAUCAGCUCCACCAGCCUUGCUCUCCCGGGUGCCGUAAUACCCGCCACCUCGCCCAGGUGCGCCGCCACCACCGUCACAGCAACUGCCGCCAGAGCAGUGUCGACCGCAACCCUCACAGUAACAGUCACGGCAACGCCGACGGUAAGUGCAGGAGCAGUGUCAUCGUCGCUGUCACCAUCAUCAUCCCCAAUAUCAUCAACCCUCACCACAUCCAUCCGGUCGAAUCCCACCACCAUCUCCACCGCCCCGACAGCCAGCGGCAGUCCCUGCCGCGGCGGCGGCGCGCGCGGCAGCUACGUGUCGACGUCGUGCGUGGGCAGCCGGCUGGGCAACUGCGCGUGCGGGGUGGACGCGGACGGGCAGGGCUUCUGCUUCGAGAACAACCUAUGCGCGGCCGAGAACAACUGCACGGUCAAUAGUGACUGCAACUCGCAGCCGGGUUUCCGGUGCCUGGUAGGGAGCUGCUGCGGGACAGGCAAGUGCGUGCGAUCGAGGACUGGCGCGGGCACUUGUGUUAAUGCGGCCGGGGCAAGGAUCCUGUUUGGCGGCGGCAGUGGGGGCUCGUCCUCGUCUUCGUUGGGUGUGGCGGGCAGUAAUAUGUAG